GCCAUUUAACAAAUUUAUUUUCUAAUACAAAUGUAAAUAAAUAUAUAUAUAUGCAUAUAUGUAUAUAUAUAUAUAUAUAUAUAUAUAUAUAUAAUGAUAUGAGAAAAUGGAUUCUUAUAAUUAUUAUAGUAAAUGGUUUAAUUCAAACGAAAUUGUAAAUAAAAUAGAAAAUGUGACUCCCGUAAGUGUUGAAAUAAAUAUUAUAAAAAACAUGAUAGAUAUGUUUGAAGAAAGUUUUCGACAGAAGGAAGUACAAUUAAAUAAUAUGAACAUUCAAUUGAACAAUACUGGCCAAGAAAAAUGGAUUAUAAGAGAUCAGUUUUGUUGUCAAGUGUGGAACUUUUCACACGAUCAUGAUUUUUCACAAGUUUUUCAACAUUAUCCAUAUAUUAUAAAUUCAAUUAAACCUCAUAAUUGUUCUUAUAUUAACGAAGUUAAAAGUAUUAGAAAUGAAAACAAUAAUAGAGCAGAUGUGCAGAAUAAUGCAGAAAAUAUUCAAAAGCUUUCAAAAGAUAUUGCUAUUUUAACAAAAAAAAUACUUAUUAUUACUAUUAAUAGAAAUACACAAGAAAUAACAAUAAAAAAUUUGUCCACAAAAUUAGAACAACUACAAUUAUUUUCAGAAAAAAUGGUGGAACUUCUUAGGUUAAUAUCUACUGUUGAGAACUUAAAUGAUAAUAAAAAAUUUGAAAAUAAUGUUCAUGCAAAUAAAGAUAAUACGUUGGCAUUUACUACGGCAAAAAAACUUCUUGGGCAAUUUAAGCAACUUUCUCCUGUUUUAACUAAAAACAGUAUCGCAUCAAAAACAAUGGCUGCAAAUAAUAACACAAUAGAACAUUUCAUUGAAGUAAAUAUAACUUUUCUAUACAAACAUAUUAUUCACAAAUGUUAUAUCAAUCAAAACCAUUGUAUUAAAACAAAUGAUAUUCUAUUUACUUAUUUUACAGUGUAAUAAAAAAUUGAAAACCAAAUUUUCAUUAAAAAUACAAAGUAAUAUAUCUUUACAGUUUGAGCAAAAUCGACGUCUUAAAGAAAAAGAGAAAAAAUGUUAAUAUCUUUCUUACAUUAAACUUUUGAAAUAUUUCUAAUAAUUAUAUUUAAUAAUAUAUAUAAUAUAUAUAAUAAUAAAUAAAUAUUUCUAAUAAUUAUAAAAAAAAAUUAUUAUAUAAUUGUUAUUCCAUACAAAAGAUAAUUAAAAGUU